CCCUCCUUCCUCUGUGUGUCUUUAAACAGAUCCGACUGAGCAGUUACCGACUACUGGAGCCCCUCACAUCUUCCCUGAUGCUGAUGUACACGGCCAGGAGUACUCAAUGACCACGGACCUACACAUACCGUACAUACACCUGAUGAUGAAAGACGUUAAUGAUGUCGGUAACAACUAUGAGCUGAUCGAUGGUCCUUUUGGCUUUGGUUACGGGAUUGAUAUUAACGCCGAGAAACAACAGUGUCAAAGCAUGACGACCACUACUGAUGAUGGAGACUGUGCCUACGACCCGAUCAAAUGUAACAAUGGUGUCAGCUUCAGUAUCUGGGAGAGGAUCAUCGCUACCCUAGACGAGUUCUUUGGCUCCCACAAGAUGGAGGACUUCCCGAAGAAGUACAUCAUCUCUACUGGUGGAGACAUGAUGGGUCACCCUGGUAUAGCGUUAUAUCACCAUGCGUUUUUGCUGAUUAAUGACAGGAUUGUGGCUUACAGUACAGAAGGUAUUAGUGUAACCGCUCUGCCGCCCCUCGACCCACCUGAGCUGAUGAUAGGCUGCCACAAGACCUCAACCGAUACCACCUACCGCCACUACCACACGACCCAGCUAGAUGAGUUCGCUUGGUGGAAUAGACGUCUGGUUGAUGAGGAUGUUAUCUACUUCCUCGGUGGCUAUGAGGGAGAGAGCGAGAACAUAGACCCAGAUGAGUUCGCCACCAUGCUGAACAGGACCCACCUAAACGACCCUGUACAGUUGGCAGUGGCGGCCUCGGUGCUGGAAGAAAUGACGAGGGCGACUAGUGACGACUCCUUCAACGCCUCCACCGCUACUGACGAAGAACGAAAGGCGAAGAUCGAAUCGUUUAAUAUAACGUUAGAGAGCGUCAAGAAGAUGACUGACCCCAAGUUCGUCCCUCGCUGUAUACUGGAGAAAGACCUCGAGAGAUCCAUGACGAUCAUCAAGGUGAUAAACAACUUGAUGGACGAGAGUAAGAAAGAGGACUGGUUGUUGUAUGAGGAGGAGCACGGGAAAGACGUCUUCCUCUUGUGUCAGUACAUGAGAGGCUACCUUCACGCCGUCUACCAGGGUCUACUGUGUAACAACACCCAAAGUGGUCACACCGUGGAGCUGUCUCAAAUGUGUAUUAAGGUUGUGAAGCGGACGAUAGAUAUUGGCUACAGUACCAAGGAUAGAUUUACCAUUCCGGGAUGUUCUGGUUUAGGGAAAGUACUAGUUCCGGUAAAUCUGUUCUCUGAUCCACGAUGUAAUCACCGAACCGCUAACUUCAGGUGUACGGCGUAUAAGGGCAUCCACACCAUGCAGGCCUCACCUAUCAGACUUAACACUGGUGCCUUCAAUACCAAAGUGGACAAUAUCCUGGACUCACUCAUCACAGAACUGGACGUUAACACCGAUCAAAUAUUAUUACCCAACGGAGAUCUCGACCCAAAGUCCCCGAGGUGCGACCCUGACCCCGCCAAGCUGACCACUCACCCAAUAAUAGUCACCCAUCGUCACUUCGACCCUCAGGUCCAGUUCAGGAAGCCACUGUUUCACGCCGGGGAAGUCAGAACCACGAUCGGAACCCGUAUCUGUGUUUGGUGGAACCCGGCGCUGGGGCAACACGGGGCGUGGGACCGGUAUGGGUGUCGUGUGUGGGAGGCCAAGCCGGAGUAUACCAAGUGUGCCUGUCAACACCUCGGCAAGUAUGUCAUCAUUGCCGAGAAGCUAGAACCCAUGGAGGUGCCAGAAGAGCCCAUGUGGUUAACGAUAGUGAGGUACAUCUUAUACGGCGUCUCAGCUCUGUGUCUCAUUCUCUACAUCAUCGUGGUUGGCAUCUCCGGGGACCUGAAGGAGAAAUUCCACUUGAUGGGGAUGACCUUGGCUGCAAUGUUGUUGGCGGCGAGUGUCUUCAUGGUGCUGAGUGACCUUCAUGGGGUGAGAGAAGGACGUCACACCUGCGCCUUCUUCGGGAUAGCCAUUCACUUCCUGUACCUGUGUGCCAGCAUCUGGGUCGGUGCUAUUGGUCACGCGACCUUCAAGUGUAUCACCUCAGGUAUUGUCGGGGGUAGUCUGCGCCCCUACCUGUACCUGUGUGUGGGCCUGACACUCAUAUCGGUGGGGUGCGUCUUGACCUUCCUCCUGAAACACAUGGGCAACGAUCCCCGCUGCUUCAUCUCGUGGGACAACGAACCCGAGUAUCUCUUCUUCUGCCCCCUCGGUGCCGCCUGCUGCGUCGGUCUCUUCUGCGCCAUCGUUAUCUUCUUCAACCUGCGCACUGCCGCUCUUAGGAACAACCCGACCAUGACAGACUACCGCACCUUCAGCCUGGGAGCCUCAUUCUUCACCAUCUACUUCUCCACGACGUGGGUUCUCGGCUUCUUGACCUACUUCCGCCUCGAUCUUGACUUUAGCUUUUAUACAUUUUUCCAAAUCUUGAACGGCUUGAUGGGAGUGGUGUUGAUGUGUUGCAUAGGCGUGGGGUCGUCGAAGUUCAGGAUGGUGUUCGCGGGUCAGGCCAAGAAGAGGAGGGAGAUGUUCCUGAACUACACUAAUAAGAAAGGAGGCGAUGAUGAGAACGACGACACCAAGAAGCUGGGUUCACCAGCCGACCAGACCCCACCCACCCGCCCAGUCACGCCAUCCUUUGUGGCGGGAAGACCAGUUUCAGGCGGCUCGAUGUUCAGCGACUGAAGGACUCCUGAAACUGGAAGACAAUGAUGGACGCUGAAGAGCUUUAAGGACGUUAAAGGACUAUAAGCAAGUUGAAGGAGUCUUCUAAACGCCAAAUUUGAACUCGUCCUACGUUCACCAUCACGAGCUUUUAUUUACUCACCAGUCAAUACAGGUUAAAGUAAGAUUAUAUUGGCAAAGCCAAAGUUUGUGGCCACCAAGUACAGUACAGUAAACUCGGUUAACAAAUUUUGGCCAACAUUUCAUCAAGACAACACUGAAACUAAUUAUUCACCAUUUCAGCAAAAUUAUGAUAUUUUGUUUAACAUUAAAUAAACUUUCGGGUCAAUUUCUCAGUAAUAGGAGGCACUGAGGGUCACUAUCCCUUCACAAAGUUUGGGUUUCUGUCCACCAAGGCAAAUUUUUAACAAGUUGCUCAUUAAUAACAUAAUCACCAAGACAAAGAUUGAAUAAUAUUUUCAUCAAAUAAGAGAGCGUUUGAGUCACUCUCUACUAACAUGGGCACUCUUAGCCAUCAAGACAAAUUUAAAAUCCCCCUUUCAUCAACAAAUUAAAUUUGGUUGAAGUUAAAAAUUGUCAUUUCAUCUAUUAAUUAUGUAUGUCAUUGUUGUCCCCUGGAGUUUGAUACAUUUAUCUCAAAAUUUUGACUAUAAUGAACAGUGAUCAUAAAAUUAGUGUGACGAAGGUAUAUGCCUGACCUUAGCAUAAUUAUAAUAUUGAUUACUUGUAUGUUGAUUUAUUUAUCUUUAAUUUACUUAAUUAACAUUGCUUUCAUUCUCCUUAAAUCGUCGAUAUCCUUUUAAUUGGACAUAAAUCGCAAUGGGGCUCGACACAAACCAUUGUUAUUUAGGCCUAUCUCCCUAAAUACAGUAUACACAAGAAAAAUCCUUUGUUAUUAUUCUUGUAUGCAACCGUCACAUUCAUCUGUAAUGUUUUUUUAUUUUUUUUUUUUUAUUACUCGAGAGCCCAUAACAACUACAACUGAUUAAUACAACAGUUAGAACAGUGGACGAUAACUCUGAAAUUCUUAAGGUAUACCCUCAAAAGGUCAUAACUGCACUUUCUUUAAAAACAACAUUUACUGUAGGCGGUCCACUGAUUGACAUUUGAAACAGCUACAACUCCUCUCAUAAGAAACAGACUCAGGUGAUCGAAAUUCUACUUUAUAUUUUUGAAGAUCGUGGUACAGGGGGGGGGGGGUUGUUCCAUUGUCUGCACAUGUUUGUUAACAGGUGAACUGCGCCGCGCGGUCUAAGUGUAUUCAGUCUCGUCAACAAAAAACAAAAAAUUACACCAUGAAGCUUCAACAAAGUUACUUUCAUUGGUACCAAUUAUCAAAAUAAGUACUUUCUGCUUAAUACAGUGGAGGUUCCGCCCCGGCUAGAAAGUUAAGUAAGGUUAAAUAGUAUUCUUUGGUUGGUUAGGUCAGGUUCUGUUUACUGUACGUAGUAUAAUUUGUUUUACUUACUGUCGUCCAAAGAACAUCUAUGGGUAAAUUUUUACUUAAGUGCUGCGAGCAAUUUCGCCAGCAAAAGCAUUUUUUUCCUGCAUGAAUUUUGCUGCUUUUUUUAUUGGAGAUAGUUUUUUUCUGGGUGAAAAAAACAACCCCCACCCCAAGUGGUUAUAUAAUGUUGCCUGUAUUCAACUUAUCCUUAUUUAACCUAACGUAACAUAUUCCCCUAUUGGGGAACCUAUUUUUUCAGAGUUGGGUCAUGUAUUAUAUAUCAUGGUAAUGUGAUUCAGACACCCGAGCACUACACACUCCCCAUGGCUCGCCGACGGUAUUAUGGUAUACAUUAUAAAAAAGAAACACUUCCCCAAAAGAGAACACAGCCACUAGCAAUUAACAACAAAAAUUAUGGUGGAAAAGCUGUGUUCUUGCUAGAAUCGUUGGCAGCGUUAAUCCACAUGUUAACCCAUCUAUGGAGAAAAAAAUAAUGAAAUCAAACGGUGUGUUCUGGCGUUAGCCAUCUGCUCCUGAUUACUAAGAAGUGUAAUGGACGUUUCUGUAACCUAAGAAAGAAUUAGAAUUCUUAUACAUAUAUAAUUUAGUAGCAAUGUACUGUAAUUUAAAUCAUGAAUUCAAUACUUUCUGAAACCCAGCUUUGGAGCAUAAAGUAAUAAUUUUACUAAAUAUACUGUCUGGUACUCUAGGACCAGUGCCGGAUUUACAAAGGGGCCAUUGGGCCAUGCCCCUGGGCCCCAAAGAUACAAGGGCCCGGGAAAAAUUUUCAUGUACAGGUAUUACAAAAUUUUAAUAUUUCAGCAUAAUCUUGUGUACAAAAAUAUAGUGACCCUGUGACCCCUGUAAGCUCACCCUUAUACUUUGAUAUCUGUAUCAUUAUGAAAAAUUCAAGUUAUACAAAUAUUGAAAUGUAAACGAACGCUGAAUGUCUUACUUAAUCUAAGUGUCAUAGAUUACAAGUUGCUCCAACAGUUCAAUGAAGAGUGUCAGUAUUGGUAAAACGUGUAUUCACCACUUUAAAAUUCUUGGCUGUGAUCUGCUCAGUCUUGAAGAACAUUUGAAAACACUCUUAACAAAGGUUAUGGGAGACCUUUAUAUUUAUCAAAAACCAUCAAUGAAGACCUGAUAGAUAUUAUUGGUGACAUUAUGCCCUUGUAGAUAAUGCAUGAGAUUAAAGAUGCCAAAUAUUUUUUAUUUUCAAUGGACUCUGCACCUGAUAUCACCCAUGUAGAUCAGCUGACCCUCGUUGUUAGGUAUGUGAACAGUAAGGGACCUGUUGAGAGAUUCAUAAAGUAUAUCGCUCUUCACUCAAUACAGGAGAAAGCUUGGCUAAACGUAUACAGGUACUUGAAUUUUUUUGCCUCUCAAGGCAUUAACAUCGAAAAUUGUCGUGGUCAGUCAUACGCUAAUGCAGCCAAUAUGAGUGGGAGGUACGUGGGUUUACAGGCAUUGAUCAGCAGAGAAUGCAAGUACUGUAUGCUGAAUGUGUCCCCUGUGCUGCACAUUCACUCAUACUGGUUGGAGAGGCAGCAGCUGCCUGUUGUAUUGAAGUUGUUAAUCUCUUCUCCUUUGUAAAUGAGCUCUUCACUUUCUUUUCUGCAUCCACAAGCAGAUGGAAAAUGUUGACAGAUAAAGUGGUUCCACUGGGCCUGAGUGUAGUAAAGCAACACUCCGAUACAUGCUGGUCAGCCAGACAUGAUGCAGUCAUUGCAGUCCUGAGAGGCUACAAUGCUGUCAAGUAAUGUCUUUCAACAGUAGAAGCCAGAUCUCAGAAACCUGACACAACGGCCAUAGCUGGCAGCCUUGUCAAAAAGAUGAAAAAGUUAGAAUUUACCCAACUUUUUUUUGUUUCUGGGGAACUGUUUUAGAAUGGUUUCAAGCAACUAACAUUAGUUUGCAGAAAGCGGGUAUAACUCUACCACUGUGAAGCUCUACAAAUUCUUCAAGCAUUUUGUUUAAGAGGAGAGAUUCAAGUUUGAAGAGGAUGAAGCAAGAGGAAAGACAAUGAGGAGAGAAGGAGUGAAGCUGAGGCGAUAGAGUUUUGCAAAUGGAACAUCAGAAAGUAAUCCCAGAUCAUUGAGGGAGAAAUUCAGGCAACAGUUCUUCUUCAUUGUGGACAUCCUUGUCAGUGCUCUUCAAAGGUCACAGGUUUAUGAAGAGCUGUACAACAAUUUUGGUUUUGUAUCAGAUUUAGCUAACCUGUCAAGUGCUGAUAUACGGUAAGCAAAGCAGCAACCAAUUUGGUGGAAGCUUAUCCUAAAGACAUUGAAGAGUCACUCAGUUAUACUGGAUUCCUUCCAGAUCCAGAUAUUUGCCUUGAUGAAUCUGACAAGGAUCAUAACCAAGAGCUGUUCAUGUUAUCUUUCAUUCAGCCUAUGUUAGAUAUUCUCGUUAAUGUGAACAUUCUACUCAAAAUAUAUCUUUGCGCUGUGCAAAAAUUGUGCAGGUGAAAGGUCAUUCUCAAAACUUUAACGAAUAAAAAAUUACCUGAGAAACUCUAUCUGCCAAGACAGACUGAACAAGUUGAGCAUAUUGUCAACUGAACAUGAGCUGUUGGACUCCUUGGACACAAAGUAUUUUUAGAAAUUUUUGCAUAGCCAAAGUUAGGAAGAUGAACAUUUAAUUGUGCGUAAAAUAUAUAAACAAUAAUUUGUAAAUUGUUGCCUUAAUACUUUAGUGGAAAUAAAAUCAAAUAAUUAAAAAGUGUAAGUGGUGUUAAAAUUAAAAAAAAUAAAUUAUAAAACUCAACCCUGACCUGAGUCAUGGACUAAGUUGAGUACCAACCUGCCAGGUAGACUUUUUGUUUGGGUGGGGGCUUCCACAGUCGAUGGCCCCCAAGCCCUGCCAAAUCUAAAUCUGGCACUGUCUAGGACAGUGAUUUCAUCAGCUUUAACAAAUCUAACCCGGACUGUAUUUUUUAGUGCGCUACAACCCAUUGCUGUAAAAUUCUGAAAUUUCCAAAUACAGUACUUGGGACAUUGUCUUGAUAAUGUAGUGAAAAUCUUGUAGUAGUAAUGAUCUAGUUCCUGUCAGUAAUCAUGUAUCUGCUCCAUAACUUAUUGAUAUGACCAAAUAAUUAUAAUGUUGCUUACUUUCCUGACCUUUUGUAAAAGGUCAUGAUUGUACUGUUCACCAGUAUUUGUACAGUAUAUGGUAAAUAUUUGUUUGAUGGCUGUGGCUCCUUUUUGUUAUGAGAAUUCAACUGCCAAAUUACUGUUGAAACCUAACCUAACCUAACCUCUAUUAACCAAGUAUUACUAAUUAAGUUAUCCUAACCAACCAAACCUAACCUAAAAUCUUGCUGCAGGCAUUAAACGAAUAUUAACCUUGUGUACCUUGUGAGGCCCUCUUGACCAUGUCACUUGUUAUAUAGAAACAAACAAAUUGCUUGUACAACACACUCAAGUGUUCCUCAUAGCAGUUCACCUUACCUCCUUCUCAGCUUAGGAUUGAUUAAAAAUAUUAUAUAAAAUAUUGCAGCCAGAUAAUAUCACACUUGACUUGUGUACUGUGCCUCCAGUGUAGUGUGUUUCACUCUAGAGUGCUGACAUUUGUAAUCAUAUAUUUUAGGAGUUAUGCAGAUUUCUUUAUUAAUUUUCAAAGUAUAUCGAGUGUUGAGGCUUGAACUGUAUACAUUACUGUACAGUAUAAUAGAUUACAGUAUAUAAAACGAACAUAUGAAAACCAUUUAUUUUGCUAAAGAGUUAAGUGUUGCAAAAUAUAAUAAACCGGUAGUAUAUACAUGGCUGUUAUAUAAUAAAUAUAAGUGUGA